AUGAGUGUAGAUUGCACAAUAAACGGAAUUCCCGUGAAAUUCCCCUUCGAACCCUACGAGUUACAAAAAGACUACAUGUCCAAAGUGAUAGAAUGUCUACAAUUCGAACGCAACGGCGUCCUGGAGUCGCCCACCGGCACUGGUAAAACACUCUCACUAUUAUGCUCAUCCCUUGCAUGGCUGGAAGUAAAAAAAGCGCAAAUGCAGGCGGAAUUUCAAGCGAAAGGCUUCUCAAAGUGCCUUGAGAACACUGAAUCUCUUGUUAACAACCUAAAUUCACUUGGUGGGACGAAUUCAAACUCAAAUCGCAGCGCAUUUAUACAAUACCCACAAAUUAUCUACUCAUCCAGAACGCAUUCUCAACUAUCACAAGCGAUGAACGAACUGAAACGCACUUCUUACAAGUACAUGAAAGCAAGUGUCCUAGGCUCAAGGGAACAAAUGUGUAUUCAUCCGGAAAUCAAAGAUAUCGAAAACAACGCGACGAAGAUACAAAUGUGUCGUGCAAAAGUCCAAUCCCGGUCAUGUUUCUAUCACAAUCGCGUUGAGCGCGAGCGUGACAAUCCAGUCUUUCAGGAAAAUGGCGUCAUUGACAUCGAGGAUCUCCUAAAACUAGGCAACAGUCAGAAGUUCUGUCCGUAUUACAUGUCAAAAGAGUUGAAACAAAACGCUGAUAUUGUAUUCAUGCCUUAUAAUUACCUCUUGGAUCCUCGGGCGAGGAAAGCCUUGGGAGUUGAAUUGGCGAAUUCAGUUAUUAUUUUAGAUGAAGCGCACAACGUGGAGCGAAUCUGCGAGGAUUCUGCGUCGUUACAAAUCAAAAGCACAGAUGUCACUCUGUGUAUCGAUGAGGUGACUAGUGUGAUGAAAGUCAUCAGUGAUGAGAACAACGAGAUGUCGUUCAGGGAAACGCCGCCCGACUUCAGCGCCGAGGAAUUAAUGAUGUUGAAAGGCAUGUUUUUAAGUUUUGAGAAAGCUUUAGACGCUGUUGAGAUUAAGAAUCAUGAAGAAGGAUCAACAUUCGAUGGCGCGUAUAUUUUUAAUCUGUUUGAAUCGGCUGGAAUCACCGAUAAAAACCAAACUAUUGUCAGUAGUUUGAUUGAGAGAAUUUGCACGUUUAUUGCGACAGCUUCAGAAGGACCUUUUCAACGUAACGGACAUGGUUUACAGCUGUUUGAGGAUUUGUUACGUAUUGCAUAUGCAAGCACAGAGGGUACAUUCAAAGAAAAACUUCAAAAAUGUUACAAAGUUCAUAUACAAGUAGAAAAUCAAGAGAAAAAGAAAUUUGUGAAGAGUAAUUGGCUGUCAAAGGCAACAGCUGUCAAAUCCGAAUGCAGAGUGUUGAGUUAUUGGUGUUUUAGUCCUGGUUUUGGGAUGAAUAUGCUCAUGGGUCAAGGCAUAAAAUGUGUUAUUUUAACGAGUGGAACAUUAGCACCACUAAAUCCACUCAUAACUGAGCUUGAACUGAAUGUUCAAGUGCGUUUGGAGAAUCCGCACAUCGUGAAAAGUGAUCAGGUUUGUGUGAAGAUUCUAUCACGAGGUCCAGAUGGCACCACUUUGAAUAGCAGCUAUAAAACAAGAAAUGAUCCAGCAUAUAUAAAAUCCCUCGGAAUGACGAUUUUUAACCUUACAAGAAUGAUCCCCGGAGGUUUACUGAUAUUUUUCCCUUCGUAUCCUAUAUUAGCAAUGUGUCAAGAGAAAUGGAUGGAGAAUGGCAUGUGGGCGAACAUUCACGGUCAUAAAAACAUAUUUGUUGAACCACGUGAGAAGAAAGCGUUUACAGAAUGCAUGAAUUCAUAUUAUGAGACUGUGAAUGACCCGGCGAAUAGUGGCGCCAUCUUUAUGGGUGUAUGCAGAGGUAAAGUAUCCGAAGGGUUAGAUUUUGUUGAUGCUAAUGGUCGCGCUGUGAUAAUCACUGGAUUGCCUUAUCCACCAAUGAAAGAUCCUAGAGUUAUAUUAAAAAAGCGAUAUUUGGAUAUUUGCAGAUCAAAAAAUAAAGAAUAUUCAAGUGGUGAUGAUUGGUAUAGUCUAGAAGCAACAAAAGCCGUCAAUCAAGCUAUAGGACGUGUAAUCCGCCAUAGAAAAGACUACGGUGCAAUAAUCCUGCUUGAUUCACGCUUUAACAAUCCACGAAUCAUCAAUCAAAUGUCAUUCUGGUUGCGUGGACAUGUUAAAAACGUGAACAACUACAGAGAGAUUGUUUGUGAGUUGCGAGAGUUUUUCAAAAACGCAUCUGCGGCGUUCCCUGUAAUCGAACGUCGAAAACCAGACGAAAAGAAUGGUUUGACAUGUUUUUCACGCUCAGAAGAGGGCGCUACAUCGAGUAGUAGUCAUAAUCAAGUGAUAAUUCGUAAACGUAGUGGGGACAGGGCUGGACCAGAGUUCAAACGCCAGAAAUUCUUGUUAAAACCCAACAUUAACCUCGAAAAUGAACAGAAAAAGGUGAAAGAGAUGCCGGAGAAGCCUAGCGUCGACGAUAUCAAGGAAUAUCUAGUGAUGGUUCAAAAUAAGUUCUCAUCGAAGGAUUACUCUGAGUUUAUUGCAAUGGUGAAAGAUUACACAGCGAGUCAGGAUCUGCGCCAGGUUUUAUUAACUUUGACAGGUUUCUUCGCCAGCAAACCGAAUCUCUGCUACUUGAUGACGGGUCUGAGUAAUUUUAUUAAUCCUGCGCAUAGGGAACAGUUUGAUGCGUUUCUAGCGAAUUACCCGGUGUGAUCUGUAUAUUUAUCAUGUUUUCUUUGAAUAAUAACGUGUUGUGUUUCGUA